AUGUCUUCUACAAAUUCAAAAAAAUUUCUUGAUUUAUUUAAUGAUGUUGAUGAAUAUAAACAAACAAUAUGUUCGAAAGUUAUUGAUGUUAUACGAACAUCAAAUCGAUUAGCAAGUGAAAAUUUUGAUCAAAUAAUGACAAUAGAUUCUUGUCAUGAUAAAAUUAAUAAAUUAAGCGAACGUAUUUUAAAUCGAAUUUAUCAAAUUAAAUCUCAUAUUCAAUCAUCUAAUUGGGAUCAACUAGAUUUAGAUGAAAAAAUUGAACAAUUGAUUGAUAUUAAUGAUACAUUAUUUGAACAAAUUGCAUCUGCUCUUGAUGAAGCCGAUGGAAUUAAAAUAUCUCCUAUAUCAACAGCUGUGCGACAAGUUUUAAUCAAACCACAAUUAAAUUUUCAAUAUAAAAUUGAUAAUAGUACGAUCAUACCUUUCAUUCCAAAAAUUCGUAUUAAACCAAAUGCUCUAACGCCAUUACCGAUGAUGAUGGCACAAAUGAAUUUUGAACCUAUUGAUCUUGAUUUAUUACAAAAACAUCCAGAAAUAUUAGAUCAUCCAUAUUUUGAUGAAAUUAGAAUAUUUGAACCCGAUGAAAUGUUAUUGAAGAAAAUUGAACCUCAAUUUCCAAAAUCAAUUGAAGAAACAAAAUAUUUAUUUGUUGAUACAAUUGAAAAAUUAAAAACAAUGAUGGAUCAUAUUGAAAUUCAAUUAGAAUUAGCAAUCGAUUUAGAACAUCAUUCCUAUCGAUCGUAUCAAGGUUUUACCUGUUUAAUGCAAAUAUCAUCACGUACAGAAGAUUUUCUAAUUGAUACACUUACACUUCGAGAUGAAUUAUCUAUUCUAAAUAAUGUUUUUACCAAUUCAAAAGUUCUUAAAGUAUUUCAUGGUGCUGAUUGGGAUAUAGAAUGGUUACAAAAAGAUUUUGGUAUUUAUGUUGUAAAUAUGUUUGAUACACAUCAAGCAGCAAAAGAACUUAAUUUACCAACAUUAUCACUAGCUUAUCUUUUAAAAACAUAUUGUAAUAUUGAUGCUAGUAAACAAUUUCAAUUAGCUGAUUGGAGAUGA